CGGGAACCUGCUGUAUGUAGGUAUAACCUGCUCUGCAUAUACAUAUGGGGCGGGGGACCUGCUGUAUGUAGAUGUAUGGGGCUACUGUCUGGGAAUAAGGAUGAAGACACUUUACAACAGAUGACAUCAGGACAAUGAAGACGCUGGUCGCUGAGCUCCAUCUAUAACACCAGGAUAUCAGUCACCAAGUACUGCUGUAUCCAGAGACCUCUCUCACAUCCACCACCACAAGGAACAUGCUCCUGCUCUGCUGCCUUGUACUUCUGUCCUGUGAUCUACCACAUGUUGGAUCAUCUUUGGCUUCCACAGACUCCGGACCCUCACUCUUGAUUCCACUUGAGCUUCAGACCCUAGAGCCCCCUUUCCUGGUGGUGUGGAUGAAAGGGAGGAUGCUGCUGGGCAGAACUCGUCGUGGGCAAUGUACUUAUGGCUGCAAUGAAAAGUCUUCCGUGUUCUCCAAUGGGAGUCUCUUCCUGAGUCAGGUGCAGAGAGAAGACGAGGGCACAUACGUGGCUGAUGUGUUUAAUGCAUCUGGAAUCCUCAUCCACCAUUCUGAGAUUGGCCUGCAAGUUGUAGAUGUCUCUUCAGAUCAUAUGAUUGACCUCACCCUGGAGAACGGGUCACUCGGCCACCCACAAGAGGCUGUAUGGAGCAAGGGAGAGGAGAACUUAGGGCGUGUACACAUGGGCAUGUGUGACCUUGGCUGCAGUGAGAGGCCACGGGUCUUCAGUAAUGGCAGCCUCUUCCUGCGGAGGGUGCAGAAGGCAGAUCAGGGGCUUUACUCUGCGCUGGUCCAUGACCCUUCCAGGACUUCCACCCACCACAUCCAUGUCAUCUUAUAUGUCAAUGAAAUUGAGGCCACCAGUGGUCGGAAUCUCUCGGUGUCGGCAGUCAUCUUCAUCGGUAUGAUGACCGUUUUCUGCCUGAGUGUAAUCACCUUCGUGGUGCUGGGAAGAUUCCUGAGCAACCGAAGUAGCAAGGAGAACAGAGGUGACAGCGAGGAACCAUCACACACCGUGACCCCAGAGGUCAUCUACAAUUCUCAGGUUGAGAUGCAUGAGCUGGGAGUACAUGAAGAGAACGUCUAUGAAGUAGAAGCUCUGUCCACCUUCCAGUGCAAAGAAGCCUAUCAGUAGGAUUCAGAUGUCACCCCUUCGUAUAUGUACUAUAAACAUGUGGCGGGACUCCCUUCUGGUUACCUUCUUUCCAAUCUUUCCACCUUCUGACAACUUUCUCAUUUUUCCUUGAUGGUUGAAUUCAUUUAUUCAAUGACCUCAGGAGUAUGGUGGAAGGGAGGGCAGAAGAUGUAAAAGGGUAAAUAAAGGGGCACAUCGUUUAUUCAGAGUGUUUCAGCCAGGAUUUCUGGAGUCGUAGAUUGUGGUUGUGUGGGUGCCCUGUAUGGUAAUUCUGACAUGUUAACUUCAUUUUGCAGGGCAUUACAAUCCAUACUUUAAAAGUUUUUGUUAUGUUUUAAUGUCUUAAA